GGGUUUUCACUUGUCAGGACAAGCAGAGGCCCACUGUCAGCAGAUAGAGAGAGAGAGGGGAACAUAGUGGAUGAGUGAGAGAAACAAAAAGAAACAGGGAGACUGAUAAAGUAUGAAGAGGGAUGAAAGCAAGAGAGAGAUACUGUAGUUUGAAGUUGAAGUUUUCAUUUGAAUUUUAUAAGGAAAUACAAGAGAGAGAAGGAGAGAGAUAGAAACACUAAGGGGUGUGUCAUAGCAAUUUAGUUCCUCAAGGAAGUACAACUGACAUUUAUCUUGAGAUGGUGGCGAGCAGCACAGAUAGACGCGACACAGAGGGAUUUUCUUUUAUUUUCACCUGAUAAGAUGAAGGGAUUCCAUUAACGAGUGCUCAAUGCUGACAACCUGAGCCACGUGCCGUGGGGACUGAGACGUUUGACACGAAGGAGGGAGGGGACUCUCUCACACACACAGGUAAGGAUGGAGUCAUUCAGCUCCAAGGAUAUGGCCAUGCAGGCCCAGAAGAAGAUCCUCAGCCACAUGGCCAACAAGUCUGUGGUCCAUAUGUUCAUAGACGACACCAGCAGUGAGAUUCUGGAUGAGCUCUACCGUGUUUCCAAAGAGUAUUCAGGCAACCGCUCAGAGGCCCAGAAGGUGGUGAAGGACCUGAUCAAGAUAGCAGUGAAGAUUGGCGUGCUGUUCAGACACAACCGUUUCAGCCCAGAGGAGCUGAGUCUGGCCCAGGACUUCAAGAAGAAGCUACAUCAAGGAGCCAUGACAGCCAUCAGCUUCUAUGAGGUGGAGUUCACCUUUGACAAGACAGUAAUGUCGGAGAUCCUGACAGGUUGCAGAGAUCUGUUGUUGAAGCUAGUCGACUCCCACCUCACGCACAAAUCCCAUGGUCGCAUCAACCACGUAUUCAACCAUUACUCCGAUCCAGAGCUUCUGACCCAGCUGUACAACCCUGAUGGAUCCUUUAAACCCAACCUCACCAAAAUCUGCACCGGCCUCAACCGUCUGCUGGAGGAGGGGACAUUAUGAGAGUGUGAGCAAGUCUAUGAUUGUGAGAGAGACACUGGGAGAUCUGCUUGAAGGGGUCUGCUUAGAACUCAAGAGAGGACUGUGUGUAAGGACAGGAAGUGUCCAUGCUCUAAAUGAGAACUGGCGAGAUUUGUGACCCAAGUUUUACUUGAUGUAGUCACUCACUGAUCUAUUAUUUUCCAAAAAGGGUACUGCCCAAAGUGAAAGAAUAUGAGAAUAUGCAGGAUGAUGUAUAGUUAAUGUCUCCUGAUGAAUUGUGUCUCCAUGAAUGGAGUUGCUGGAAAGUCAGGAUUAGGUUAAGAUUGUGUCAACCACCUGAUUUUAUACAGUGGAAUUUCCGUCCAAGGUUUCACAUACUCAUUUACUAUUCUAGUUUUUCUGUAGUUUUUUCUCUCUUGCUCGCCAUAUUAUGUACUGUAUAGGGAAAGAUAAGUCUCAAGGACUGCACAAUACUGACUGACAGAAUGAAAACAAGGGUUAAAAGCAAGCGGUGAAAUAUUAGAAUAGAGUACUACCAUCUAGUGGUCUAGCUGGCAAUGACUCAGUACUGCAUGUAUCGAAGAAAAUAUAAAAGCUUAUGGAGAAAACAGUGCACAUUUAUUGUGGAGAUACAAGAGAGUAAUUUCAUAAGGCCCAAAGAGAAACUGGAUUGGAAUAUUUAAAAAUAAUUUGGGCCUUGUAAAUCAUAGGAUUGGAAAAAAAUAAAUGGCUUGUAAAUUAGUGCCUUUUUUAUUGUCCAUUUGUGAAUAUAUUGACUUCACAUCUUUAGUUAAUGUUAUUAAAUGUACAAUGCUAUUAAAUGUACAAUAUGUGCAAUUUAUCAAUAAAUUGACAGCAAUGUGUGUACAUACAGUACCAGUAAAA